CUGCCUUGCCUUGCCUUGCCUUGGCUGGGGCUCUUGUCAGUUAGCAACAAAAUGGCUGCGGUGGCAGCAGCAACAGCACCAGCUCUGCUCCUGAGGCGGCGGAGGACGGCGGCGGCGGCGGAGGAGGGGGCGGCAGAGGCGGCUUUGAGGAGUAGCAGUGGGGGGCUGUGCCGGCACCUUCACUGAGCCCAGCGCUGUUUCCGCCAGAGGCCCACCAACCGUCGUCGUCGUCCUUCUUCCCUCCUAUUUCUUCUUCUUCUCCUUCUUCUCAGGCGCCAUAAGUCCCCCUCUGGAUCCCUUUGGAUCGGCAGGGGAGCGGCGGAGGCGGCUGGGUUCCUAACUGGGUGGAUCCCCCUGAGGACUGGAGGGGACAACAGAGAGAAACUCAGCUACUGGAUCGUCCCGGGAUCCCCCUGCGAUCGAGGGAGCGCGCGAAGAGACCUAGUGGAUCCCCCUCUGGAAGAGAGAGAGAGACACACAGGGGGAGAUAGAGAGUCCAUCCUGGACCCUGGGAGGAGGAUCCCCUGGGAGAGGCACACACGACGGGUGGAUCGCUCCUGGAGAAGCUAGUGGAUCCCUGCGAGGCACACACAGCCUGCCUGGAUCCCUUUGGAUUUCCCUUUCCAGAGACUGUGUAAAUUGAUGCAUCUGGGAUGCCUCUGUGAGAGAGAGGGAGAGACUGCUCUGCUGUGGAUCCCCUUUUCCUUUUUAAAAACUCUUCCCCACCCCCUUUUUUCUAAUUCUGAUUCCCUGUUUUGUUGUGGAUGGGUUUCCGGCUUCCUCCGGUUUAAUUUGCACUUUUGAAAGCGGCUGUCUAGACUGCGACGAGGCAGACCUUUCCGAAAGCCCUGUUUUCUUCUGAUCAACCACAAAGCCCUCCCCUUUUAUUUUCCACACUCUGUAUAUCCUUUCUUUCUUUCUCUCUCUGUCGAUCCCUGAGCUUUGAAAAUAAAAAACCAACAACAACAAAUGCUGUGCAAAACUCUAGCUCUUGGACUCCUGUAACAACAACAACCGCUGGCUUUGCUUCUCCACUGGAAAUAAUAAUAAUAAUAACAAUUAAUAACAAUAAGGACCUAGCCUUGUUUUUGGAAUCGGGACCUGCCUCCUCUCUCUCUCUCUCUCUCUCUCUCUCUCUCUGCUGCACUUCACUCCUCCUCUGGGCUGGAAUCAAACUGGAGCUUGGAGCUCUUCCACUUGGAUGCUGUGGGUUCCUUGGCUCCUUCACCUUCCUGGCAGGGAGAAAGACCAAACACAAGAAGAGGAACAUUUGAUGGAAGAAAAGAAAAAGAAAAAGCAGGAAGAAAAGAAAAAGAAGGAAGGUGCUCAGAAAAAGGCUGCUGAACAAAAAACCAAAGUGCCAGAACCUAUUAAGACCAGUUUAAGCCAGCUCCAACCUGCCGGUACCAGUACCAGUACUUCCACCAGCACUAUUACUAACAAUAGCAAUGGCAAGCGUGCAUCUGCCAAUGGGCAGCAGCCAGCUGCAUCCCGAUACCUGCCUCGUGAGGUGCCUCCACGCUUCCGCCAACAAGAACAGAAGCAGCUCUUAAAGAGAGGCCAGCCUCUGCCUACUGGAACUCUGAUCAGCACGAGUCCAGGACAAGGUACUGGACAAGCAGGGACAAGUCCUCCUCCACAGCCAGGAGCAGGUGGACAUCACCACCCCAGCAAGACUCAGAACCCAGCAGACCUUGGUCACAGCGGAUUGGGAGACCAUUAUGAGAAUACUCACUGGGGACAGCAGCCCUCUUUCCGAAGUGAAACCAAUUGCAGCUGGGAUAAAGUGAUAAUAGACAGGACUGACAAGGAAGCGUGGCCUUCCAUUACAGGAACUGAGACUGAGUCUGCCUCAGAAUGUACUACAGACACUGACUCUGCCUCCAACUGUGGCUCAGAGAACAGUAGCAUGGCUACAGGGAGUGCCCAAGGCAACUUCACUGGACAUACAAAGAAACCUAAUGGCAAUAAUGGCACCAAUGGAGCACUCAUCCAAAGCACUUCUAACCAGAGUGCCCUUGGAGCUGGUGGAGCAAAUGGCAAUGGAAACUCAGCCAGAGUGUGGGGUGUUGCCACAGGUUCCAACUCUGGCUUAGCUCAUUGUUCUGCCAGUGGUGGGGAUGGAAAGAUGGACAACAUGAUUGGAGAUGGUAGAAGUCAGAAUUGCUGGGGUGCUUCCAACUCAAAUGCUGGCAUUAAUCUUAACCUUAACCCCAAUGCCAAUCCAGCUGCCUGGCCUGUACUCGGACAUGAAGGAACUGUGGGAGCAGGCAACUCUUCCAGUAUUUGCAGUCCAGUCAGUGCCAUAGGUCAGAACAUGGGCAACCAGAAUGGGAACCCAACAGGCACCUUAGGUGCUUGGGGAAACUUGUUGCCGCAAGAGAGCACAGAACCACAAACGUCCGCUUCUCAGAAUGUGUCUUUCAGCGUACAACCUCAGAACCUUAACACUGAUGGACCAAAUAACGCUAACCCCAUGAACUCUUCACCGAACCCUAUCAAUGCAAUGCAGACAAACGGACUGCCGAACUGGGGCAUGGCUGUUGGCAUGGGGGCCAUCAUCCCACCCCACCUGCAAAGCCUUCCUGGUGCUAAUGGGACAUCAGUUUCUCAAGUCAGUGGGGGAAGUGGAGAAGGAAUGGGCAAUUCAGUGUGGGGGAUAUCCCCAGGUAAUCCUGCCGCAGGAAACAGCAAUUCUGGGUUCAGUCAGGGGAAUGGAGACACUGUGAACUCAGCAUUAAGUGCUAAACAAAAUGGAUCCAGCAGUGCUGUGCAAAAGGAAGGAAAUGGAACAAGUGCAUGGGAUUCAGGACCUCCUACUGGUCCUGGGGUCUUAGCAUGGGGCAGGGGCAGUGGCAACGGUAGUGUUGGUAAUAUGCAUUCUGGUGCUUGGGGCCACCGCAGCACCAGCAAUGGUGUUAAUGGCGAAUGGAGCAAGCCCACAAACCAGCAUUCCAAUAAUGACAUCAAUGGGAAAGGAUCAACAGGGUGGGAUAGCUCUAGUGUUACCAGCCAGAAUACUGCCAUGCAGCAGGGCAAUGAACAAAUAAACUCUUGGGCCAAAGCUGCAGCAUCUGGCAACACAGGUAGUGAAGGAAGUAAUGAUAGCAAUGGGAGUCAGAAUGAAGGCAGCACUGGGAGGGAAGGAGCUGGAGAGGGCCGAAGAAGAGACAAGGGAAUGAUAGACCAAGGACAAGUCCAGUUGCCAAGGAGUGACCUUGACCCGAGGGUUCUGUCCAACACUGGAUGGGGACAGACUCCUGUAAAGCAAAACACUGCCUGGGAAUUUGAAGAAUCUCCAAGGUCUGAGCGAAAGAACGAUAAUGGAACUGAGGCCUGGGGUUGUGCAGCUACUCAGCCUUCAAAUUCGGGGGGCAAGAAUGAUGGGUCCAUCAUGAACAGUACAAAUACCUCUUCAGUAUCUGGGUGGGUCAGCUCUCCACCUACAACGGUUCCAACCAAUACAGGUUGGGGCGACAACAAUAACAAAGCGCCAAAUGGCCCUGGAGGAUGGGGAGAGCCGACAAAUUCUACUGCUGUCAAUAAUGCUGCUGCUGCCAAAAGUGGCCACACUUGGAGUGGGACCACAAAUCAGGAGGACAAGUCGCCUACUUGGGGUGAACCUCAGAAACCCAAAUCUCAAAACUGGGGAGAUGGUCAGAAAUCAAAUCCAGGCUGGAUUUCAGGGGGUGGAGAUUGGGUUGAUUCCUCAUCUGUCCCUGGACACUUGGGAGAUGGGAAAAAGAAUGUUUCUGGAUGGGAUGCUGACAAUAGAUCAGGGUCUGGUUGGAAUGAAACUACACGUUCUGGGACCAGUGGAUGGGGAAAUGGCACAAACAGCAAGGCUAAUACAGGUACAAGCUGGGGGGAAUCGUUAAAACCUGGUCCUCAACAGAAUUGGGCUUCUAAAUCCCAGGACAACAACAUGAGCAAUUGGGGAGGAGCUGCUUCUGUUAAACAGACUGGAUCAGGAUGGGUUGGUGGACCAGUACCAGCCAAACAGAAGGACAGUAGUGAAGCAACGGGGUGGGAAGAACCCUCUCCACCGUCCAUUCGGCGCAAGAUGGAGAUUGAUGAUGGUACCUCAGCUUGGGGUGACCCAAAUUACAAUAAUAACAAGACUGUAAAUAUGUGGGAUAGAAAUAAUCCUGUAAUCCAGAGCAGUACCACAACCACAACCACUUCCGCCACCAUUAUCAACGCAAACAUGGCUGAACCUCAGCCACCGCACCAGUCAAGUGCCCAGUCAAACCGGUCCCCACUGCUUGGUCCAGCAGGCUGGGGAGAGAUGCCUGCUGUCCAUGCAAAGCCUGAAGCUUCAUGGGGAGAGCCUUCCUCCCCUUCUGCUGCAGUUGAUAAUGGCACUUCAGCAUGGGGGAAGCCCCCCAGCAGUGGUACAGGGUGGGGAGAUAGUUCUGCUGAGUCAGCAGGGACAUAUGGAAGAGUGAGCGCACCAGCUGCUGCCCCAGCACUGUGCAAACCAGCUUCUAAAUCUUCUAUGCAAGAAGGCUGGGGCAGUGGUGGAGAUGAAGUAAAUCUCAGUACAAGUCAGUGGGAAGAUGAAGAAGGAGAUAUGUGGAAUAAUACUGCUUCGCAAGAGAGCAAUUCCUCUUGUAGCUCCUGGGGAAAUGCCCCAAAGAAAGGACUUCAAAAGGGCAUGAAGACAUCUAGUAAGCAAGAUGAGGCCUGGAUCAUGAACCGUCUGAUAAAACAGCUCACAGACAUGGGCUUCCCAAGAGAGCCAGCAGAAGAGGCCUUGAAGAGUAACAGUAUGAAUCUAGAUCAGGCCAUGAGUGCUCUGCUGGAAAAGAAGGUGGAAAUGGACAAGCGUGGAAUGGGAGUGGCUGACUACAAUGGAAUGGUCACCAAACCCCUUGGCUGCCGCCCACCACCAAUCUCCAAAGAGUCUUCCAUGGACCGCCCCACUUUCCUUGACAAGGAUGGCGGCCUAGUGGAAGAGCCCACUACUUCACCAUUUUUGCCUUCACCAAGCCUGAAGCUCCCCCUUUCAAACAGUGCACUCCCUAAUCAGACCCUGGGUGGGAUUGCCUCAGGGCUGGGCAUGCAAAACUUGAAUUCUUCUAGACAGAUACCGAGUGGCAAUCUGGGUAUGUUUGGCAAUAGCGGAGCAGCACAAGCCAGGACCAUGCAACAGCCGCAGCAACCGCCAGUGCAACCUCUUAACUCAUCCCAGCCUAGUCUUCGUGCUCAAGUGCCUCAGUUUCUCUCCCCUCAGGUUCAAGCACAGCUUUUGCAGUUUGCAGCAAAAAACAUUGGUCUCAAUCCUGCACUAUUAACCUCGCCAAUUAAUCCUCAGCAUAUGACGAUGUUGAACCAGCUAUAUCAGCUGCAGCUGGCGUACCAACGUUUACAAAUCCAGCAGCAGAUGUUACAGGCUCAGCGUAAUGUUUCCGGACCCAUCAGACAACAGGAGCAGCAAGUUGCACGUACAAUCAAUAACAUGCAGCAGCAGAUCCAGCAGCACCAGCGCCAGCUGGCCCAGGCCCUGCUUAUGAAGCAGCAGCCACCCCCUCCGCCCCCUCCGCAUCUAUCUUUGCACCCCUCUGCAGGCAAAUCAGCCAUGGAUAACUUUUCACCCCAUCCCCAGGCUCCUGGCCUUUCUGACCUGCAGACCAAAGAGCAACAGUCUUCACCGAACACCUUUGCUCCUUACCCCCUUGCUGGACUGAACCCAAACAUGAAUGUAAACAGCAUGGACAUUCCUGGUGGUUUGUCAGUGAAGGAUACUUCUCAGUCCCAAUCUCGCCUUCCUCAGUGGACACACCCCAACUCAAUGGAUAAUCUCUCCAGUGCUGCUUCUCCACUUGACCAGAACCCUAGCAAGCACGGUGCUAUCCCUGGAGGUCUGAGCAUUGGUCCUCCAGGAAAGUCCUCCAUUGAAGACUCUUAUGGGCGGUAUGAUCUGAUUCAAAAUAACGAGUCACCAGCCAGUCCUCCUGUAGCCGUUCCUCACAGCUGGUCACGUGCCAAAUCUGAUAGUGAUAAAAUCUCUAAUGGCUCCAGCAUCAACUGGCCACCAGAAUUUCAUCCUGGAGUACCAUGGAAAGGAUUGCAGAACAUUGACCCUGAGAACGAUCCUGAUGUUACGCCUGGAAGUGUUCCAACAGGGCCGACUAUUAACACCACCAUACAGGAUGUUAAUCGUUAUCUACUUAAGAGUGGAGGUAAAUUGUCAGAUAUCAAGUCAACGUGGUCCUCUGGCCCAAUUUCUCACACACAAGCCUCUCUGUCACAUGAACUGUGGAAGGUACCCAGAAACACUACUGCUCCUACAAGACCACCUCCAGGCUUAACAAACACCAAGCCAUCAUCUACCUGGGGUGCCAGCCCACUGGGUUGGACCAGCUCUUACUCCUCUGGCUCAGCCUGGAGUACUGACAGCUCAGGAAGAACAAGUAGCUGGCUGGUCCUUCGUAACCUCACACCCCAGAUUGAUGGAUCUACACUGCGUACCCUGUGCUUGCAACAUGGUCCUCUUAUUACAUUCCAUCUGAACCUGACUCAAGGGAAUGCUGUGGUCCGAUACAGUUCCAAGGAAGAAGCAGCGAAGGCCCAGAAGUCUCUGCAUAUGUGUGUUUUGGGGAACACUACCAUCUUGGCCGAGUUUGCUGGAGAAGAAGAAGUGAACCGUUUUUUAGCACAAGGCCAGCCACUGCCCCCCACCUCCAGUUGGCAGUCCAACACUGGAACCACUCAGACACGUUUGGGCUCCACAAGCAGCUCACAUGGCAUGGUGCGCAACGAAACAGGCCACUGGAAUGCCCCUUGCCUAGGUGGGAAAGGGAGCAGCGAUCUGCUCUGGGGCGGGGUCCCCCAGUACUCAAGCAGCCUUUGGGGUCCACCCAGUACCGAUGACGGCAGGGUGAUUGGAAGCCCAACGCCUUUGAAUACUCUGCUCCCAGGUGACCUUCUGAGCGGGGAGUCCAUCUAGGACACCAGAGAAACAAAUGGAAGCAACAAUCAUCAGCACUAAAGAAAAAUAUAUAUAAUGGUAACCCUUUCCAGUCCAGGGCAUCACGAAGAAUCCAGCUUUAAUAGAUCAGACUGGCAGCCCUUUUUAGUACCUCUGUCCAAUAUUGACUAUGAAACUCUGCUGAAGUCCUUGUGAACUGUUAGUGCAACAGUAUGGGCUCACUUUGGUCAGUGUCACGUGCUAAUGAUAGGUUUUGUGUGGAUUUUUUUUUCCCAAUGGCUUUUUAAUUUUUGUUUUUAUGUUUGUAUGGUGUUUUUAAAGACGUAUAAAAGCUGCUUAGACUAGUUCUAUCAUGAAGGGCACUUUUCAGAAUUUGGGCUGGAAAGGGUUAUUUUAUCAACUUUGGGAGUGGGGGAGGGAUGACGGGGGGGGUGGGGGGGAAUGUGAGAAAGCCUAUUUAAAAUGAGCCUGUGAUAAUUAUGCACAUUACCAGAGGCGGACCCAGUAAUCAGUAGGUGGUGGCGUCUGACCAGCCCGUCCACAGCAUGGGGGAACAAAGCUUAUGCCCUCAGCUGUACGACUUGGAUUGAGAGGUGGGAUGAAAUAUCCAUGCCCGCUACUCCCAUGGGUCUUGCCUAUGCACAUUACACUUGUUUCAUUACUUUGUGUGUCAUUUUUUUGAUUCCCCCCCCCAAAAAAAAUAGUAGAAAGGUUUUUGAAAACACAACACACACAUGCACACACACACACACAUAUCAAACAUGCAACUAUACUUGAAUCCAGCAGGCCAAUAACAAAAUGUGAACACUUUCUAUUAUGACACUUCCAGGUCAGCAUCAGAAAACAAACAGGCUCUAGAAUAUAUAUAUUUUUGGUUACUUUUUUUCUUAUACGUAUGCAUUGGGGAAAAGAUGGAGUGAUUGUGAGUGUAUGGAUGCGUGUGUGGACGUCAGUCGUACAACUUAACAAAUUGUGUGACCUUUAUCUUUUUUGUUUAUUUCUUUCUUCCCCCCCCCCACUAUAUGCUUUUGAUUUGCUCAUUGGUCAAAUGUUUAAUUGUUAUUAGCUUCUAACUUUGCACUGAGUGUCCACAGCCCUUCUUGUAGCUAAUCCUUGUUUUUAAGAAAAAAAAAUUGGAAAAAAAACUGAUAGGAGGGGCUGGCGACAAUUCAUGUGUAAAUGUUUACUCAAGGACUCUUACCGCAUUAAAAAAAAAUACAGUGUGUAUCUCUGGAGAAUAAUAUGUAUAUCUACCUUUAGCAGCUUUUUAUUGUGGACUAAUGCAAGGAAAUAAUUACCGGAGUAUUGCACCAUUUUUUCCCAUUCGGAAUAUAAAGUUUUAAAAAAAAAGGAAAAAAAACUCUUGAUGAACUGUGGCCAUAAAUACUUGUAAAGAGUGGAUGGUUCCCUGCAAGCCGGAACGCAAACAAGCACUUGGACAUAGGUUUUGACUGCUUUUGGAGGAGCCUAUGGUUUCAGCUCCCACCUGUUUACAGACCUUUUUUUUUCCUCCUUCAAACUUUAAAAUAAAAAAAGGAAUUGAAAAAAAAGAAAAAAAUAGACUUCCAUCAUAAAGAAACCUAUUUUCAGAAUGAAGAUAUGCUACUUCAGAGCUCUGGGAUUGAACAGUGUUUGUUGUUAUUGUUGUUGUUGUUGUUUAUCCUUUUCUUUGGCCAUUGCUGUGUACUCUUUUUUUGUUGUUGUUGUUGUUGUUUUCCUCCUCUUCGUCAGAAUGGCGAAAAAUAUUGUGAUCACUAUCUUGCACAUGGUGGAAGAUGUCUCAGGAAAGCCGGGUUUCCCGAGGAGCAACUCCACACCAUUUCAUGUAUUUUUUAAACCCAACUCCUAGCACUGAAGAUAUUAUUAAAAAACAAAAUGAAAAAAAAGUUAAAAAGACAGUAAGAGAAGAAGAAAAAUACCUAAUCUAAUGUGUAGCAGUUACAUAUUUACCAAAUAAUGGACUCAAAAGAAAUAGAUGUUUGAAGAGUGCUUUAUAUAUUAAAAAAAAAUUGCUUUAUGUUUAAAAAUGAUCAAUGUUUUUGAUUGUUUUGAAAGGAAGAAAGACAAUGGAAUAACAUACCCUUUGAGUAUGUUUUUAAAAAUUAUAUGAACAUUGUGCUCCCUGACUACUUGGAUCAGGAAACUUGUGCAUUACAUUUUGUUUUGUUUUGUUAAAGAUUAGCUUUUUAAUGGUUUUGUCCAAUUAAAAAGGGUCCUGCAAGAUUGCAAAUCAACAAAAGCUGGUUUUCUAGAGGAUCAUGAACUAUGCACAGAUUGGGUUCCAGACUUGUGUUUUCUCAAGUUUUCGUAGUGUAUUUAGCUGAAUACCCUUUUCUCAGAGUGAUUGCAUCUCAUUCUCAUUACACGCACUCUACAUAUGUAUUGUGUAUAUAUCUCUCUCUUAAUACACACACACACACACACAUUAUAUUUAUAUAUAAAAUACAUAUGUGCCUAUGUGCGGAUUGAAAUAGUCAAAACAAUUUUCCAUGCUAAAGUUUAGUAAUGAGCUGUAGAAAAAUAACUCCAAAUCAGUUAAAAUUGGGGAUGGACAUUUUUUAAGAAAACUGUUGAUUUUUAAAAAAAAAUUUGUUGGCCUUUCAUUUUGAAUUCAAGAUGUCUGUAACUCUGAGAUGAAAAGAUUAAAAAGUUUGUGGCUUUUAAUGUUAUUUCUCCUCAUAGAAUGUGAUUGUUAAAAACAUGCACCAGAAGUUGCUUUCAAGAGUACGAAGAUUCUUUGAAACUUAAUAAACUGCAGUUUUUCUUGGCUGUUAAA